AUGUCGCGGAACGAUGAUGACCCUGUGGUCGAGGAGACGCUCGAGGAGACGCUCGAGGCCGCCUUGGAGGCGGGCGGGGUGGCCGCAGAACCCACCGUCGGCGACGCUGCCGCGUCUCCGAGCGUCCCAGGUCCUGAGGCGGAGGAGCCGCAUGGAGGUGGCGAGGCGCCGAUGGAGGUGGCCGAUGCGGAGGAGCCCCAUGGGGGCGGCGAGGCGCCGAUGGAGGUGGCCGAUGUGGAGGGGCCCCAUGGAGGUGGCGAGGCGCCGCCGGGCGUCCCAGGUCCGACGGGCGACCGCGACAUUUGCGAUAUCUGCCAACUCCCCCCGAGGGAGGGUCCCGACGGGGACAGCGCCUGGGGGCAGGUUCUGCGUGCCAUCUUGCCGUGCCUCCAUAUGUUCCACCAGGUUUGCAUCGACGAGACCUGCAGGAUCCUGACAAAACCAAUGGGCGCGCUCGCGUGCCCGACCUGCAGGAGGACGCCGCAGGACAUUCAGGCCAUGGAGGAGAAGAUGAUCAGUGAGGGGAUGGCUCGCAGGACCGCGGAUGGGUUGCCGCACAGGGCUAAGGCGGCCCAGGCGGCUUGGGCGGCUCGGCAGCUCCAGAUCGACACGAUGUUCGGCGCUACAUUGCCAGGCGUCAUAUUCGUCAUGCCCCUUAAUCUGCACAGGCUCAUGAGGGCAAGCUCGGCCGCGUCGGGCGAGGCCCUCGGCGGCGAAGAGCAGCGGGGCGCCGCCCCCGAAGAUACUGCGGCAGAACCUGCUGCAGACCCACUGGCGGCACCAGCCCCCUCGAACCCGCAGACCCUUGGUCGCGCCCCGAAGCGCGGCCUCUUCCCGGCGCGGCCGAAGCCGACGCGGGCGCCAAUGGUGCCAGAUCGCCCCAGUUUCCUCGAGGAUCGCCGCGUGCACCGCGGGGAUUUCGGUGCCGAGGUGGAGGUCAUGGACAAGGUCACGCAGCUGAGCACCGAACUGGGCGCAUGGCCAACGUCCGAGUUCAGCGCCCUCGACGACGAGAGCAAGAAGGCGUUCUUUGGCGGCAUCAGGGGCACCAAGAAGCGAAAGGAGCACCGCAAGUGGUCCGCAGAAGGUGGAGAAUUCUUGCCGCUGUCGGCGUGGUCUGUCAAAGGCUUCGACACGGGUCGAAUCGAGAGCUUGUCGCGCCCGUGGGACAUUCAAGACCACCGCGUCCUCGGGAAGACGCACCGCGUCCCGAUAUACUCGGCUGGCACGGCGAGCAAGACGGGGAAGCUUCGCGAGGACGUGAAGGGGAACAGCGGCGAGAGGCGGAAGGUGGAUGGCGCUCCCGAGUCCGAGUCCAAGGAGUCGAGCUCAGCGAGCUCCUCGUCGCGCAGCCGCCGUAAGAAGAAGGGCAAUGAGCUCACUAAGGACAAGAAGGGCCACAAGAAGGGCAAGAAGGACAAGGAUGCCAGGAACGUCCGCAAGGCGGGUGCGCGAGGGGGGGGACAGAAGCUCGAGACCAUGCGGAAGAAGGAGGGCGCGAAGAACCUGGAGGACGCGACGGCGAUGUCGGACAAGGUCAGGCACAUGAAGCACACGCUGCAGGAUAUCGUGAGCGACGCAGCCUUCCAGGGGAUGCCGCAGAGGGUCCGCGAGACCAUCGAGGUUGACUACAAGAAGAUCAGCGAGCUCCACAGCGACGUCAAGAAGGUCAUGGACGGUGGCCACAACGGCACCAUUCGCCACAUCGACAACAAUGUAACGGUCAAGAGCCUGUUGGCAGACAUGAAGCGCGAGGCCGACGCGGCCUCGCAGCUCAUCCGCCAGGCCAAUCCGUUCUAG